ACCGCACCGACCGUGCCGCAGUCCCCGCAGAGCAUCAUCCUCUUGUUUUUCGGUGGGACGCGCGUAUACUGGAUUAUCUCCCGGUGGUUUGACACCGCUGCUAUCGGCUCUAUAAGCGACUUUAUUUUAUCAUGCAACUGUUUGCUUGAGAAAACCGUCUUUGUUGUGUGUUAUAUUUGGUUGGAGGAAAAAAAAAAAAAGACCGAUUUCAAUUCAAGAGCGACUUCAAUGCCAGACUCAGCGAAGAUGAUCAAGAACGGAAUGGUGACAAAGAUCCACACGAGGAUAAGAGCGGACCCGUUCACGGCCAAUUACGAGCUGGUGGGCAGAGAACUGGGCAGGGGAAAGUUUGCGGUGGUAAAAAAGUGCAUUGAGAAGGCGACGGGGAAGCAGUGCGCUGCAAAGUUCCUGCGAAAGCGAAGGAAGGGCGAGGACUGCCGCAUGGACAUCUUAAACGAGAUCGCCGUGCUGGAGUCGGCCAAAGCGAACCCCUAUGUGGUGGCGCUGCACGAGGUCUACGAAACCAACCACGAAAUCAUCCUCGUCCUGGAGUGCGCCGCCGGUGGCGAAAUCUUCAACCAGUGUGUUGCCGAUAACGACGAGGCCUUCACGGAGAAAGAUGUGAUCCGGCUGGCCAAGCAGAUCCUGACGGGAGUGGCCUUCCUGCAUCGGAACAAUGUGGUGCAUCUGGAUCUGAAACCCCAGAACAUCUUGCUGACCAGUGCCCUACCUCUGGGGGACAUUCGCAUCGUGGACUUUGGCUUGUCCAGACGCAUGGACAACCUCACAGAGGUCAGGGAGAUCGUGGGUACCCCCGAGUAUGUUGCACCAGAGAUCCUGAACUAUGAACCUAUUAGCACUGCGACAGACAUGUGGAGUAUCGGGGUCCUGACCUACGUCAUGCUGACGGGCGAGUCGCCCUUCCUGGGCGACGACAAGCAGGUGACAUUCCUCAACAUCUGCCAAGUCAACAUCGACUACUCGCAGGACACGUUCGAGGGGAUCUCCUCCCUGGCUGUUGACUUCAUCAAUACCUUGUUGGUUAAAAACCCCAGGAAGAGGGCCACGGCGGAAGAAUGCCUCAACCACCCCUGGCUGAACUCGCUCGCCCAUCCCAACUCCCCCCUGCACCUCCACGCCAGGUCGGGCUCCUCUGUGGACGAGCCGGAGACGAGCCAGUCGGAGUCGGAGCCCGAGAGCCCGGCUUCCUCCCCCGAGCUGGACCUGAUCGGGUCGUACCUGGCGUGCCCGGGCCAGGGGGGGCUGAAGACGGGCCGCGACGCCUUCUCCUUCAGCGAGCCACACUUUCCCACCCGGCCUGAGAUUAAGCAGGAGCUGAUCUGCUGAACGGCUUCUUGGCAGGUGGAGAGAGACUGAGCGAAGUCGAACUUCGCGGAGCAGACGCUGAAAGCCAGUGAGCCCGGUCUGACUCAGGGCCACGCUAUACGGAUGCUGUACGCCUGCUGCUGGCUGCUUCUACUGCUGUGAUGUCUGUGAGGCUCUGUGUGUGUAGUCUAACACCUCUGCAUUUGUAUGAAUAAUCCUCGCUUCUCCGUGCUGAUUUAUGAUCGUACGGAAGAAAUGUGAGAGGAAUAAAGAUGCAGGAGAUAAAGGGGGUGGCAGAAGAGACUCGAGGACUUUGUCGCAGGACUGCACUGCUGCCUUAAAAGCGACGUGCUUUACACUGAGGCUAGUUCACCCCUGCACGCACACUGGUUUCUCUUUUUACCCAAUUAGCCUCUUGAACUGUGUUUCAGCGAGGAGGCAGCCUUGGGGAAAUGACUUCACUCACUGUGCGCUCUCAUCAAAACACGUUAUGCUUCGACUGACCCAGAUGUACCUUCUGUGAUGAGUUUUGUUGAAGGAUUUAAAGGGUUUUAACACAUGGUUGUACUUAACUAAAGAAUUAAAGCAAAGGACUGCUCCACUGUUUUAUAUGUUUAUUUAUGUGUGUUUGUCAUGCCACUUCACCCCCUAAAAGACACAAAGCCCACAUCAAUGCCUGAGUUUUGAAAUACUAGCAUUCUAGCAUUUUUUUUAAGGACAAUCUGAAGCACUUUUUAUUUUGUUAUUGGACAUGUUAUAGUAAGAAACCAAAGGCUCUUCAAGCACAGUCAGCUGUCACACAAUGUACUGUACAUGUUAACCAUUUUACACAAUCUACUGUUUUUGUCACAUUACCUUUUAUUCACAAAGUGCCACCUUUUUUUUCAACAUCACUUCUGUGUUAAUAUUAAAGUUUUGCAUUGUUUUGUUGGCUGUUGCACAAAUUGCACAAGUGUGUUUUUUUUUUUUUUGUACUUUAACUGCAAGGUUGCCACAAAAUUUCAGGCUCUUCAAAUAUUGUGAAAACAUCAGUCUUGGAAAAAGGGGGAUGGCAGAAGUUGAAAUUGUGAUUGUGCUCAACUGAAGAUUUGUAUAAUUAUGGGAUGUUUGCCUUCAAAUGGUCGGGAUCAGGGAAAUUGGAAGGAAUUUCUCAAAACAAGUACUGAAAUGUAUAUUGUGAAUUAGUAUUAAGAUGAAUCUGUAAAAUAAUUGAUGCGUUUUUUUUUUUUUUUUUACAUAUGAAUGUUAACAUCAUUAUAUCAUUUCUUAUCUUGUACGUUAACUUUUACUUAUUCCUGUUGUCAGGCAGGUUUGCACUUGUCCUUGUGGACGCUAUGUCAAAAUGAAUAAAUGUUGAUGACAUGCAUUACAAAACGUAACAAAGAAAAAUACAAGUGCAUUUUGUAUCAAACUAUUAUACUUGUGUCUGUGUGAUUUGUUUUUUGAUUUAUUAUUAUAGCAGCAUGAAAUUUAACAUUAGCAGCAUUACUUUAUUUUCCAAGCAGUUAACUUGGCUCAUUAUUUCUGAUUUAAUUUAAAGGACCGGCCAUUGGGAUUGGGCCCCUCUACAGCGCAGCCCUGCUUACGAAUGGAAUACAGCGAAAUCCUUCUGUGCUUUAUGGAUUUCAAAAUAGUGAAUUACGGAGAUAAGGAAUUGCCCGGCAAUAUGUUUUCAUGCAGAGUUCGCGGAAACUCUUAAAGGAAUGUCUUCACCAAAAAAAAAAAAAAAUUGCUUUUUUUUCAUGAACCCAAAUGGUAAAGAUAUAAAUGUUAGAUAACAAUGUCCUCAUGGAGCCAAUUCUGAUUUAUUUUGCAUUAGCAUGUCAACAUUAUCAGUGGACCUCUGAUGGGUUGCAGUAUGCAUGUACAGCACGUGCUUCAAUUGUACUCCCUGGUAUUUAACAGUCCAAACAAAACUGAGUUUCCCCUGGGAUCGUGGUUCCCAACUUUUUUACAACCAUUUUUUUGUGUUAUCUUUUUUUUUAAUCUAUCUUUUGUAUCAUCCCACCACAUGUUCUCAUACCAAAACAAAUGACCCACGUGUGGACCAGAUGACAUGUGAAGCAUCUGCUUUUCCUCUCAGCAAGUCUAUUUAGAGAAACAGUAUCUUAAAGAAAAUAAAAGUCCUUCUCUCGGGCCAGUCUUCCAUAAAUAUCCAGCAGACUCUCUGAACAGGAAAUGCCAGCAUCCUGUGAAGAGGAACACAAGAGUAAUGCUUUCCACCGUAGUUCAGUCUCUCUCUCUCCCUCAUGCACGCGCUCUAAUGCUUGUUUACUUGUGUCAGGUUAAACAAUAUCCC